AUGGAUCACGAUCGCGCCUGGCCUGCAAACGGGUCGUCUGAGGGACUCGAUGGGCUGCACGACAGCAUGUUGGCCACCGGCCUCGUCGCUCAACCGCUUGCUCAUAGCCGUAAUAACCCUGAGUCAAGUCAACCUGGCCCGUGGACAACUGGUACGGUACCGGCUUGCUCGCCGCGCUUUGGGGGUUUAUUUGUCCAGACACAGCAACAAGGGGCCAUCCACCCAUAUGGACUGCCGAGUCCAGCACCGACAGCUCCGGUCGCCUCGCCGCCCGACUGGCCGAACCAUGAUACUUCGUGCGUCGUUGGCGCCUGGCCCGUCAGUCCAAUAAGCCCAAGCCCAACCGUCGGCGAAGCGGUGGGCGUUGAGCUCAACCAUAACCUGCUUUAUCAACCCCACUCAGCUCAGGCAGCACACGCCUUGUUCGACGUCGGGUUCCGAGAUUGGGUCGGGAAUGCCAACUUCCACUUGGACCUGCACAACACGUACUCGGCUGCUCCCACUGUCUCCUCACUGCCGCAUGCAGUUCCGCCCAACGUCGGGUCCGCUUGGCCCGGUCACCUCCCAACCACAACUCUGGACAACGGAGAGUUGCCAGAGACAACAGCAUUUGGACACACUAUUACUCGAGAAAGAGGCUGCGGGCCGACCCUCCGCACGGCAACCCGCCGCGUCAAACGGCCGGCCCCUGCUCCCCGGCCGGGCGAGUCGGCCGCGCACCAGCGGGCGCGCGCCAACCACAACCUGGUCGAGCAGCACUACCGGCACCGGCUGCACGCGCGGUUCGAGGCGCUCCUGGACUCGCUCCCAGAGGGAAUUCUCAACGACGACGACGACGACGACGACGACGACCAGGCCGUGCGGGGCGAUCCCCGAGGAGGGACCGGCGGGGACGCCACCGUCGCUGCCCGCGGCAGUGGCGGAUGGGAUAUUAACGACGAUCAACAGACCGGGGCCCUCGCCACCGGCGUUGGUGGUAGGGGUGGUGGCGAUGGUGGAGGCAUCAAGGGGCGAAAUAACAGGCGGAUGAGCAAGGUGGACGUACUGACCAAGGCCGAUAGAGUAAUUAAAUUUCUGGAGGGGGAUAUCCAGAGGAUGAGGUGGGAGAUGGAGGAGAUGAAGAGGCAGAGGGAAGUGGCCUUCAGGAGGGUGGCCCCAAUGGAGACCGGUGUAGAGGUCAGGGGGAACUGCGAGUGGAAUAUGGAGGGUCGGUGACGUACGGAAGGGCGGAUCUUUUUUUUUUUUUUUUCCUCAUUCUUUCUUGGUUCCAGUUGCGAUCCGCUGAAAACUGAGUUGAUCAGUGUCUGGGAUCCAGUGGAGGCAGCAUACGAUAUCACGAACGACGAACGGCCAUGUUAUAUUAUUAUUAUAAAAGGAAUGAUGGAUGACACCUUAUGUC